GUUUGGUACCAUAGGUUGGUACGAUCUUCGUUGGAGAAGGAAAAGGGAUGUUCCAGAUACAGAAAAUCGUCAAACCAUUUACGACAAAGUCCGUUUCUGGGUGGAGUUAGUGGAACCGAAAAAGAUGUCUCCCUCACAGUGUUUGUGACAAAAGAAUUGCAUCGUUCCUUGGCGGCCUUUCAACAGAAUAUUCAGAGAUUUCCCGAGUGUAGCACGCUGAGUAUUGUUAUCCCGAUAGUUCUUUCGUAUCAGUCCGUGUGUAUUCCUGGGCGAAUGUGCUCGUGUGGUCUCAGGAGUUGCGGAGGUCACGGCUCUGGGACAGCCGUUUCAUCGCUCUAUGCUGCAGAACCUACCCCGGAAGAGAGAGCCCAGAGAAUUGCCAAAGCUGUCCGCAAACAGUCAACAGAAGUGAAGGAAAAUUGGGAGCAAUUGAAAACCCGUGCGAGCAACUGGCAGAAACAGGUGGAAAAGGCGUUGGAGAAACUUCAAGAACUGCAGAAAGCGCUGGAUGAUCUUGAGGCUCAUGUGAUAACAGCUGAGGGGGUCCACACUGAUUGGCAACCUGUGGGUGACCUGCUUCUUGACUCAUUGCAGGAUCACAUUGAUAAAACCACAGGUAAGGACUAUCUGCAAAAUCUGAGAUUGGGUUUUGAAAGACUGCAGCCUUUGUUUUGGAGAGAUAAUGGGAACUGCAGAUGCUGGAGAACGCGAGAUAACACCGUGUGGAACUGGAUGAAGACAGCAGGCCAAGCAGCAUCUCAGGAGCACAAAAGCUGACGUUUCGGGCCGAGAACCUUCUUCAGAAAAUGGGGAGGGGGUGCGGGUUCUGGAAUAAAUAGGGAGAGAGGGGGAGGCGGAUGGAAGAUGGAUGGAGGAGAAGAUAGGUGGAGAGGAGAGUAUGGGUAGGGAGGCAGGGAGGGGAUAGGUCAGUCUGGGGAGGCCGGACAGGUCAAGGGAGCGGGAUGAGGGGAAAUAGGGGUGCGGCAUGAGGUGGGAGGGGGGAUGGGUGAGAGGAAGAAUAGGUUAGGGAGGCAGGGACGAGCUGGGCUGGUUUUGGGAUGCAGUGGGAGGACAGGAGAUUUGGAAGCUUGUGAAAUCCACACUGAUACCAUUGGGCUGCAGGGUUCCCAAGCAGAAUAUGAGUUGCUGUUCCUGCAACCUUCGGGUGGCGUCAUUAUGGCACUGCAGGAGGUCCAGGUUGGACAUGUCCUCUCAGGAAUGGGAGGGGGAGUUGAAAUGGUUCG